UUAAACAGUACCAGAGAAAUGGACUGGCGCUAUUCUAGUGAAGACGAGUUAUCAGCCCUAGAUGGCAUAAAUGAGCAGACACAGAAUUUGGAGCGAGCUGUGCUGAGGGAAAAUGAAAUUAAUAUAAAUCUGCGGGAUGUACUGCAGAAAAUGCGUGCCGAAAUUAAAGCCACUGAAGAACAGUUAAGUACCUAUAGAGAAGAUAUUAAAGCAACUCUCAACAGACAGAGAAUUGUGGAGAAUAGUAUUCAAAGCACGAACGAUUCAUCCCUUUUGGUGGAAAAGCUACGAUGUGACCUCAAAAAGCAGGUGACUCUUGAACAAAUAAGAACUGAAGAACAAACAGAAAGGUAUCAAAAUAUAGUUACUAAAUAUGAAAAGCUGUGGAAUGGCUAUGAGGCGGUGUAUAACUUGUUUCCCAUGGUACCUGAAAGAAACAACUUACAGUUACGUAUAAAGAGGCUGGAAAUAAUUGUUUUGCACAAAAGGAAGUUACUGGAGUCAGAGAAGGCAAAGAAGAAUCAAAUAGAAGCAAUAAGAGAACAAAUCAUGCAACUGAAGAUUGUGCAGUUUAUUAAGUUAAUACUUCAGCAUAGUUCACUGCAUCAGAAAUAUUCAACAUUGAAAGAGAAAAUAAAAAAAAUUCAAGAAGAAAUUGAUAAAAAAAGGAAAGAGAUAACAGAAAUUCAAUCUAAACUUCCCUGUGAGAAAGAGAAGACAGUGUCUGUGAAGCAGAUUGAGUCUGUACAGAAAGUUGGUUUACCACAUACGAAAGUUGUACCAGCUGUCCAGUCACCUAAUGUCACAUCUGACAUGGAUCAAAAGGUGACAAAAAAAGUUCCCAAGGCAAGAGAUUUGACCAAGAAUCUAUUAUUUUCACCUCUGGAAAUGACUCAUAUUGAACUACCACAGCUAAAGCUACCUGUAUUUGAUUCACCACCUAGAAAAGUACAGCGUACCUCUCGACUUCUGUCUAGACCUAUAAGACUUUUUCCAGAAUACAGUUUUCAAGAAAAGGAACCUUCUACAGAAGAUACAACACUUGAAUGCACUAGAAAUGAAGCCGUUCCUGUGGAGGUCAACAGAGAAAGAAAUGAACUAGUUCUUGCAUCAGAAAUCACACUAUUUGAAGACCAUAUGGAAGUGGAGGAAACACAAGAUAUGGAGCAGGUAACUAGCACAUUCAGCAGAACACCAGUACAGACACAGAGUCAGCAUCAGCUGGAACAACAACAGCAGCAGCAAAAGCAGCUCUUAGGGCAACAAGGGGAACAAGAGCAGAGUCAUCUUAUGCAUCAGCAAGUACAUGAACAAAGGCAAGAUGACCAGACUCAUAUACUCCAAGAUCUGCAGACACCAGAACAACUGCAGCAGCAACAACAACAACAACAACAGCAACUACAACCACUGCAGGAGCAGUGCUUUUGGCAACAGGAGGAGCACCAGCAGGACAAGAACGAUCCGCAGCAGUGUCAAAAUGAAGCUCCAACAGAACAUGUUACAGACAUGCAAACAGAUGAUGAACCAGCUGGGGAAAUGAGAAGCUCCAGUCAACCUUUAAGUGACAAUAGUGAUAUAUGUGACAUGCAUCACAUCGGCCACGAUGAAUCUUUUGACUCAACAAGUGAAAGAGCACGAAGAGAAUUUCUUUCAAAAGUAACUAAAUCACCAGAGUUCAUGUUCAUUCCAAGGAAGGACCUCAAUACAGAAGAGGUUGACAAGGGUGAUGACGUACAAAUAGAUACAAGAUCUCAAUAUUUUUUGAAUCCUCUUCAAUCUUGCAGUGAACAAAGAACUGUAACAGAGCAAGAGAGACAACAAGAGGCAACAAAACAACAGAAUGUUGUACCACAAGACAUUGGUCAAGAAUGUUCAGAAUCUGCAGAAGAUUUACGUGCACGAGAGCACACUGGAGGAGGGGUUUCACCCAGAGAAACAGAAACUAAUAUGGAGGGCUCGGAUGAUUUACUAGCUGUAUCAUUCCAUUCUCUCUCUCCUCCUGAAGAGGGCAUUGGAAUGCCUCUAAGCCCUCCAUCAAGUCAAGCUCAGGGGCACGCUGGAAAUCAAGGUUUCAUGUUCAGUUUUGCACCACAAUCUUCAGGAAGUAUAAUGUCUCUCUUUGGUGAAGGAGAGCCAAACCAAGAACAGGAAGAUAGUAGUGUUCAACAAAAGAAGAGUGAAGCCUUCACUUUUACCUUCAACAAAAAGACCAAAUCAUCUAGUUUUUUCAAAUUGUUUUAACUGUUUCUGUUUCUAAUUUUAUUUAUCACUUUCACUACAGUCAAAACAUUUCUCCAAUUGAAUAUUGUUUUCACCCUGGGUUCAGUUUGCUAGUACUUAAAC